AUGCGCGCCAGGUCGCGCAGGUGCGUCGUUCUCGCGCUAUGCGCCUGCUGCUUGCCCGUCGCGUUGCGGCUACUGCUCCUCGGCAGGAGCUACCCUGAGGGGUCCCUCCUCCUCGAGUUCGAGGGCACGGCGUCUCCUUCGGAUGGGGACGAGGACGAGGAGGAGGAGGAUGGCGAGGAGGAGGAGGAAGAGGAGCGGUUUAUCGGGAGUAAGCCGUACGGGUUCGCCGGGGCAUAUAUGGCCGGCGGCGAGCCACGUAAUGCGUCCUAUUGCAGGUGGCAAUACGGCCUACCCGAGGCUCUGACCUACGUCGACGAGCAGCUGUUUGGCAGUCCGGAGUCGCCGUCGGGCCAACAUCGGGUCCUGGUAUUCGCCAUCCGCGGUGAGAGCGAGUCGGUGCCCCAGGUGACGCUCUGCAGUCACGCCUCGGCCGAGCAGGUUUACGGGAUCGUGGAGUUGGCGCGCCGCUGGGAGGGACCACUGAGUUUCGCCGUCUACGCACCGGGUCAGGACGCCGGUCUCGCUGUCCGACUCCUCGACCGGGCUUGUCGAUGCGAGCCUGCUAUGGCCAGGGUCUCCGUCCACCUGGUCUUUCCUCGUGACAAGCCAGCACGAUGUCUCCUUCCUGGCCGGGAGAUCGGCGACUGCGCGGCUCCGGACCUUCAGGCUUUGGUAGCGAAGGGCACGGAGCGCCAGGGCCCCGGGAUCGCCUAUCCCAUCAACGUGGUGCGUAAUGUCGCGCGCUCCCUCGCCCCGACGCAGUGUGUCCUCGUCUCGGAUGUGGAGCUGCUGCCGAGCGAGGCUCUGGCCUCCCGGUUCGUCGCCAUGCUUCGGGGCCGACCACCUAGGCGGACCCUCGCCUUCGUUCUGCCGGUAUUCGAGGUCGAAGCCUCCGAGCAGCCGCCCGGUAACAAGGCCCAAUUGCAGGCCGCACUAAGAGCUGGGAGCGCCGUCUAUUUCCACAGGUUCUUAUGUCCACAUUGCCAAAGAUUUCCGGGCCUGACCCGGUGGAUCUUAAGACCCGAUCCGGGAAGAGUAAGACCGUUGAUCAUUACUAAAAGAGAGUAUCCUCACCACAGGUGGGAGCCUAUUUUUAUUGGAACAAAAUAUGAUCCAUUAUAUACUGAAGAAAUGUCUUGGGAGGGUCGCCAGGAUAAAAUGACCCAGAUGUUCGAGAUGUGCCUAAUGAAUUAUCGUUUAAUAAUCCUGGAUGGUGCAUUUUUAGUUCAUACGCCGGGCAUAAAGCGCAAACCUACAGACGACCAACAAUCCAUAUCAGAGCUUCAGUUGGCCCAUGAGCGACAAAAUGCGCGAAUCUAUCAGCGGGUGACGCGGCGUUUACUUAAAAAAUAUCCCUCCAAUCGGCGCUGUAGAUCUUGAAAUUGCUACAGAGCACUUUCGGGAAUAAUAUUUCAUAAGUGAUAAGCAAUAAUUACAUUGUAGCUUAUGAGCGAGCAUAAGGUUAAAUGUAGCGUUGGCCACAAAGGUCGAAACACUUUUUAGAAACAGCAGAAAUUAAUUAUAAUUUAAUUAAAAGAAUUAAUUAUAUUUACUCGUUUGCAUG